AAGCUGGCCCAGUAAAAAGAAACACAGCAAUAGGACAUGCGAUUAUUAAUACAGAAGAGGGAGGUGCGCUCACCUCGACAAGCGCCAACACGCGAGUGCAUUACCUCGACGGCUGCUAUGGCAAAGAUGUGAGCUGCAUUCCUCUGCCCACAAACUCAGAGCUUCUUUCCACUGAUGCAGAGGAGCGAGGGGGUGUUUGAGAGCUUUACUGUGUAGCUUUACCUCCACAUAUUCUUCUCAAUAACCUCAUAGUUGCAUCAUAAUUUAUAUCCAAGUCCAUUUUUUUAUAGACUGAGAAGUGGCUGUAACAGCAAAUGUGAAAAAUAUACACAAAAUAUUGUGAUUUCUUGUGUUUUAUAGUGUGACUGAGUAACAGUGGCAUUAUUCAGCUCAGCUCUUGUGUCAGAGGAUGAUCUGGUAUUCCAAAAAUUUACAGCCACUUGCCAACUUCUAUUUGACUCAAUGUUUGCUCUUGCAACAUUUGGACACAUCUCCCAAUCACAAAGCUCAUCAUGUGUUUUUUUAAUGCUGAUAUUCAGGGCGCUCGUGAAUUCCUUUUGACUUGAGUUUAGGCUGGGAAGACGUGAGAGGGGCCAAGGACUUAUUUGCAACCACCUAAACGUCUUAAAUAGUCUGUCUCCUGCCAGAUUUUAUCUUUGGUUCACAACAGAUUUAGUGCUUUAAUAUCUAAUAAUAAUUACAGUCGUAAAUUUAAUGUCACUUGAACAGUUUUUGUGGAGAUUUUGUUUGUGUUCACAAGUUUCACUCUCAGAAUAUUCAGGUGAAAGUUUGACACCUCGGUCAAGCAGCCGUGAUUGCAGAAUUGGGAUCUUUUCCAGGGAAUCUGCCGGGAAAGGUUCUGGAUGAAUGUCCAGAGUGUCGUUCUCCGUCAUUUUACAACAUGAAAUCCUCCCAGUUGUAGCUGGAAUGCUCCAUUUAGCUUGACGACUGUCAGUGUCUUAGUGUGCAAGGGGCGAGUAGGGAGCAGUAUUUGGCAGUUUCCAAUUUAGCUGAUGGCUAGUUGUUAGCAUGUCGAGCGUCAUUCCGAGUCUUCCUGCCAUCCAUCAACUUUAAAUGAUGUCAUUGUUUAAGCUGACAGAGCAUAAGAUAAGUCUCCUUGUCAGUCCAAGAAAAGUACCAACCUGAAUUUUGCCUUGUUUUUGUUGUCGAUGACUUAAUUCUUGUGCGUUCCAGUGUCUAUUAUUUCCAAGUUGAAGCCAGAGAGGUGAGGACUGUGGCGCAUGUGCAGAGCCAAUAUCAAUUGUACUAAUGUCACCUGUUUACCUAUAUUUUAAAAGUCCUGUUUCACUCAGACUAAUACAAUAAAUACUGUUUUUGUAAAUGUCCUGAGUGAAAUAUUAAAGUUCUCAUUUCACCUCCAGCUGAUGCUGCAAAAUGUUAAAAAGACAAAAUCUUGCUAUUUCAUCUUCUUCAACAAUGACUUCAUCCACAGUAUUGAUCUCAUGCUUUUUAGAUCUGUUGACUUCAUCACAUUAUACUUAUAUAAUAAUACAUUCUUGGCUACGUUGCUAAGUUUGUUGCCGUGUUGAAGGUGCAGAUGAUUCGAUGGCCUCUCGGCUCCGAUUCUUUUCCACGUAUAGAACACCAGUUCCAGGUUAUAGCAGCUGAUUAACAAUUUAAAAAAUUAAUAAUUGAUCAUAAAUAAUUGACCAUUAAUGUGUAACAGACAUGAUUCGUGUCCAGGGUUUGGUCACUGACCACUCCUGCUGGUGCCACAGGGGACUCCGUACUAACAGAUGUCAUCGUAUCCCCAGAUGCCCACAAUUAAGUGGUACGGACGGAGUUCAGGAGGCUGUGAUCUCAGUGGAACAGCGGGAUUGGGAUUGUGGCACAGCUCGACUUUAGGUGCGUGAAACUCGGGAAGGAUAUCAUUUUUGGACGAGGGUAUUUUUUUGGAGAGACUGAACCAUUUGGCACCGGUUUACGGAGACGGAUUUUAGAGGACCGCGAGUACACUGAGCUGCGAAAAAAUAAUCUACUGGAUUAUUUCCCCCCAAACAAGGAAGCACCUAAUGUUGCACUCCGUGACUCUCCUUCUGCUCUCCGGUGAUCUAUCCUUAUUCUGGGAUUCAAUCUCACACUUACCGCCGGAGUCGUGUGCGUAAAGGACGCACGAGGAGAGCGAAACGCCAGAGAGAGCGUGUACGCGUGAGCGUGUGUGUCUGUGUGAGAGAGAGCGCGAGGGGGGCUAUUUUGCCAACCUUCCUCGGCCGGAGCCCUAAAUCUGUGGAAGCAGGUGUAUUUCUGCAAGUCAAGAUGUCUCCGCUGCCUUCGAGGUUCAUAUAUCUGUGUUUACACUUUCUGGUGCUGUAUUUCCAGCUGCAGGAAUCCCAGCAGAGCACUGCCGAUUUCACGUAUUACAUCGAGAACCACACGAGGAACCCGGACGACCUGAGCCGGAAGCAGGUCCGGAUCUACCAGCUGUACAGCAAGACCACGGGGAAGCACGUCCAGAUCCUGGGGAAGAAGAUCAACGCCAACGGAGAUGAUGGGGGCAAGUAUGCUCUUCUUGUGGUCGAGACAGAAACGUUUGGGAGCCACAUUCGAAUAAAAGGAAAAGAGAGCGAAUAUUACAUCUGCAUGAACGAGAAAGGCAAAAUAGUGGGAAGUCUCGACGGAAAGAGGCAGGAGUGCGUGUUUAUCGAGGAGUUCCUGGAGAACAACUACACGGCUCUGGUGUCGGCCAAGUACAAAGGAUGGUACCUGGGCUUCAACGGCAAAGGGAGGCCAAAGAAAGGCCCGCGGACCACGCAGAAGCAAGACGCGGUCCACUUCAUGAAGCGCAAGCCAAAGGGCCAGGUGGCCCCGCUGGAGGAGUUUCCAUUCACCACAGUAACUAAGCGGACACGAAGGGCUCGCCGCUUAAAACACAACUCCAAGAGGAACUGAUGGGACGAGUGGGACAGCACUAACUUUCC